AUGUCAACCAAGCCCAAGAUUCUCCUCCUCGGCGAGGUCGACCAUGCUCAAGAGGCAUGGAAAUCGCUGAGCUCUCUAGGCGACCUAGUCACACCAAGCGCCACCAAUCGAGCCGACUUCAUCGAGGAAUGUCAAUCUGGCAAGCAUGACGGUGUGGUCGCCGCUUAUCGCACCUUCCAGUCCGCCAGCAUCACGGGCUUAUUCGACGAGGAAAUGGUAAAUGCACUGCCGAAGUCCUGGAAAUUCCUCGCCCACUGCGGCGCCGGGUACGACCAGAUCGACGCCGAUGCUUGCUCGGCCCGAGAUCCACCACUGCUCGUGUCAAACGUGCCGACAGCAGUGGACGACGCCACCGCCGACACGGCCAUCUUCCUCAUGCUGGGCGCGCUACGCAACUAUAACCCCGGCAUGUUGACAUUGCGCAAGGGCGACUGGCGCGGCAAUCCAUCCCCGGCGCUCGGCCACGAUCCUCAGGGCAAAGUGCUCGGCAUCCUCGGCAUGGGCGGGAUCGGACGGAACAUGAAGAAAAAGGCCGAAGCAUUUGGCAUGACGGUCAUCUACCACAAUCGUCGUGAACUCGACUCUUCCCAGGCCGAUGGCGCAUCGUACGUCUCGUUCGAAGAACUACUGCGACAAAGCGAUGUGCUGAGUCUGAAUCUGCCACUCAACCCGAAGACGCGCCACAUCAUCUCCACGGAGCAACUGAAAUUGAUGAAACCUAGCGCCAUCAUCGUCAAUACGGCCCGCGGAGCGGUCAUCGACGAAGCCGCGUUGGUCGACGCGCUAGACAACGGUAUCAUCGCCGGUGCGGGUCUCGAUGUCUACGAGGAAGAACCGAAGAUCCACCCUGGUCUCGUUGGCAAUGAAAAGGUCAUCUUGCUGCCUCACAUGGGCACAUGGACGAUCGAGACCAUCAAGAAGAUGGAGGAAUGGGCGAUUGAGAAUGUGAGGUUAGCCCUGGAGACUGGAAAGUUGAAGAGUCCGAUUUUCGAGCAGAGGGACAUGCAGUGA